AUGCAUGCACGCAGGGCCGCUGCUGCCGCCGUCAGGCCCGGCCAGCCCAAUCCAAGAGCCGCAAACACACACAAACCGCUGGACAGGAUCUCGUACGGCGAGGCAGACAUCCCGCUCUUCAGCGUACUCGUAAAACAAAACAACCCCCCCUUGGCGAAUGGCAGACCCGACAAGGGCGGUCCUCGGCGGCGAGUCAGCUCACGCAUGUCGUUGCCGCCGCCCAAUGGACGCCUCGGGGAGGCCAAGAGGUGGCCGGCCUUGAAACGAAACGAACGGCCUUAUAAUCGGCGCCGCGGGCCGCGACCCAACGACCAGGCGAGAAGCACCCCCCCUUCGUCGCACAGCGCCUACUAUACUUCACACUGCACGAAAUGGCGCCGUCCAUACAGGAGGUGCGAACUGUAA